GCCAAUCGAUCGAAUGAUUCAGUGCAUCUUGAACCAGUACUCUGAAGUGUCACUCAAAGGGUAAAAAUCAACCCGAGCAAACAUUACCUGGUCAGAGCAUCAAACAGCAACCGGCAGCAUAGCACUUUUAAAGUCACACCCGGUCUGAAGUUCUGCAAGAUGAACCAACGUGCAAUUGCCCUGUGCCUGACACUCCUGGCACUUGGUGUCACAGCAGGCACAACCCCUGACCAACCUGAGACAGAGAAGGAUGUUGAAGUAUUGUUGACUAUCGCUUCUUCCGGCCUCUCCUCCGAAGAGCCGACGGAACAGUCGCUAGUCGAAACCGUGUCUUCGUUCACGCAGCCUUCUGUCGAAGACAGUCAAACGGAAGUGUCAUCAUCAUCUUCAUCAUCGUCAGCGCCUCUGUUAUCGUCACCGGCAUCAUCGGUAGACGUGCCUGUGGAUGAGCCGUCGCAAUCUAUGGCAUCGUCUUCGACGCCCUCAAAGGUGGAGUCAGCAUCAUUUCCGUCACCAACACCAUCGGAAGCGCUACUAAUGGCGUCGAGCACAAUUGUCUCUAGUGGUCAAACACCCACAGGCGAGGGUUUGGUUUCGGUUAACACCGCAGGAACCCUGUCGCCGGAAACACUAGCAACAACAGAAGUUCUCACGGACGCACCAAAGUCACUGGAGAGCAUUUUGAGUACUGCUUCUGACAGCACUCCGGAGAGCGAUAGUGACGAUAAGAAAGCGUCUGACCUCGAGCCGGAGAGCGAAACGCCGGUGAUUAGCUUCGGCAUUCGGUUGUUUACGGUAGAGGUUGCUACCGGCACGGAGCGUGCUAGCGAAGACCAAAUUGCCCUGUCCAAUGCAACACAGGUGCAGGAAAAUGUUACUAGCAAAACCGUUGCAUCAAAAGAAGAUGGAGCUGAUCUGAUAGAUACUACCCCAUCGACAGUCUCCUUGUCGACAAGCGCCGUUUCUUCCGAUAGCUCGCGGAAAGUAAAUGUUCCGGAAGGUGUGGAUGGCAGCGCCACAUCAAUUACAGCAAACGGUCAAUCAACCGUUACGAUUAAUACUCAGAUAUUGAAUAACGAACCUGCUGGUGGUGCAUUUGAGUUUUCCGAGGACGCACAAGAAGACGCAUUUUCCAAUGAAAUACACGUCGAACGGAACUUGAAAAAUGGGCUGUAUCGUAUUAAAAUCGCGGAAAUAACGACGGACGAGUUCGAUAACGGGUUGCGCGAAAAUGAUAACGAAAAUAUGCUAAUGACGGACACGUUGGGUUCGCAAGGGGCACGCCAACUACCUUUACACAAAUCGGUCUACCCAAGCAAGAUCAACAUUGAUGAUUUUUACCCUUCGAAGCUGGAAGACUUUAAGCCGGAGCAGGCGCAACAGCAAUCCAGUGCCGACGAAGAAAACCGCUUACGGGAGAAAUCUAUUCUGCGAAACGAAGAUGGCGAGAGAUUGUUCGAGUCUACUAUCAUGAAGCCCUCAGACGUGUUGCCCGUACUGACGACGACCGAGGUAGACGAGAAGGCUGGUCAAUACCAGGAGCAACUUUUGGGUGAUGUAAUGGAACGGCCUUCCAAUGUUGGCACGGUGACAAGCGCCAGUAGCAGUAGUAGUAGCAGCAGCAGCAGCAGCAGCAUCGGUCCAACAAACAAUGCAACCGGCCAGGAUGGCGGAGACAUUUCUACCACGAAGAUAGAGAUCGAACUAAUCGAUGACACGUCGGAAACAUCGGCAAGCGAUGAACGUAGCAGCAAACCGACCAUAGACAACAUUACGGAAAAGCUGGAGGAGAAUGACGAGGUGAUUAGUCGUAUCGAGGAAAACUUCAAGGGCUUCCGGGCAUUCGAAGGGACUGCCGGUGGGGAUGAUGAGGACGAGUAUCGCGAUGCGGUGGAUAGCCGGAAGGACGACGAAGUAAUCACGAUUGCCAUAUCAUCGGUUACGUUUUCGUCCUCGCAGCAAGAUUCCGUCCAAACGUCUCCUCCUACGCCAGCGUCCAUGCCAUCAUCGACUGUGGCGGGCACGGAACAGCAGUCAAACGACGACGAGAUCGGUGUCCCUGUCAGUGGCAGUGAUAUUGUCAAAAAUGGCUACGGUAACCUGUUCAUACCUCGACGUGUCAAAAAGAAUGAUCCCUCGACAGCUACAAAGCUAGCUCAGCUUGGCAAGACCGCUCCAUUGAAGAAGAUUGACUUUGCCGCCACCAAGUUUAACACGGACAACAAUGGUCCGGGUGGUGUGUCCGAUUCUGCUGACGGUAGCAAAAAAGAUAAGCCCGAGUUUUCGACUACAAAGUUCUAUAAUAGCAAGGAGCUGUACAGUGAGCUGCAUCACCAGGCGCUGGUUCCGAACAGAACGCAAACGGCUGCAAAGUCCAAAGCAACCGCGGCAAUCCUAUCGGAGAAGGAUAUUAUUACCGCGAAAACAAUGUCCAAACCGGCGCAGGCUAUUUUCGCAGCUUCUUCCAGGAAAUCUUCCAGAGCGCAAGCAACUACAUCGACCGGGGCAGAUGCGGCUUUAGCUAAGGGAGAUUUCAAGCAACAUACCUUAAAGACCAACUUCGUACUGAACGAUGAAACGGUCCCGAUUGGAGCGAAGGUCAGCAAAGCCAGCACUUCAAGUGUGGCCGAGGAUGCGCAACAGAGAAAGAUAAAGUCACUCGGUUCUGCUGCUUCGGCAAUCAUUGCUGCCACUGCAAAGCUAGCUAAACCGAACCGAGCUUCAACGACGACGGCGUCGACGACGACAACUGCGACAGUGGCAGCUGCCGUUGCAACAACAUCCUCUCACACGUUGACUUCCAUGGUGACAUCGUCGCCAGUUAUGACAUCGGACGCUGGUAGUAAUGAUGCCAGCCGUGUCAGUGUGACGUCUGCGGUAUCCAACCGAAUGGAUGAGACCACCGUACAAGCAUCGACGAGCGUAGCGACCAACGAGCGCUUGAUGUCGAAGCCAUCUGUGGCACUGUCCCGUUUGCACGAGAAAAUUAAUACGCUCGAUUGUGAAAUUCAAAGUGUUGCGCCCGAUUCGAGCGUCUGGCGAGGUAACGAAACGCACGAACUGCAGCUGCCAGCCAUGACACCCGAAGAUUGUUCAGCAGGAUCUAGCUGCACUCCGACUACCAUUUCCUGGGAAGGAACAGCGGACAUUCAGUCGGGCGAUGUACUCAUCGUGGAAAUUGACGAUCAUCAUUUGAUACCGUCGAAUUACAACAGGUCGUCGGAAGGCGCCCAUCACACGACCACUGCCGUUUAUCAAGUUACUCGACUUGGGCACGAGAAUUGCGACAUUACCGAAGGCGUCCUGCUCGACAUCACACCGCUGGUGGCCGACGGCAAGAAGUUGGUCACCCUUUACGACAAGGAUCUGACGGAGGGAAUUAAUCUACUAAUUGUCGUAUCGGAGCAGUGGGGCCAACAGUGCGUCCGUCUGAAGGUGACCGUAAAGUCAGACAAUUGUGGUGAAAAUGCUGACUGCUCCGGAAAGGGUGUAUGCUACUCGAACAAUUCUAUGGAAGGAUACGAAUGCCAGUGCUGCAGCGGAUUUGCAGGCACACACUGCGAGGAGAUUGAUGCCUGCAGCCCAUCGCCAUGCACGAACAACGGAAUUUGCGUCGAUUUAUCACAAGGACAUGAAGGCAACGCUUAUCAGUGUCUCUGCCCGUACGGCUACACUGGCAAAAACUGUCAAUUCGAGUCCGACCCAUGCAAUCCAUCGCAGUGCUUGAACGGUGGUACCUGUGUUGGGAAUUCGACACAUUUCAGGUGCGAUUGUACUUCCGGCUAUACUGGGCCGCUGUGUCAGCACAACUUGAACGAAUGCGAAUCGUCACCCUGUGUGCAUGGUAUCUGUGUCGACCAGGAGGAUGGAUUCCGUUGCUUCUGUCAACCGGGAUUUUCCGGAGAGCUAUGCAACUUUGAGUACAACGAAUGUGAAUCGAAUCCAUGCAUCAACGGUGGCCAAUGCAUCGACAAUAUUGGCGGAUUCUCAUGCAAAUGCACCCGAGGCUACACUGGCAAACGAUGUCAUAUUAAGGUUGAUUUUUGCGCCAACGAUCCUUGCCCGGAUGGCCAUCGAUGCAUCGACCAUGGCGAUGACUUUACCUGCGAAUGUCCCGGAGGUCGCAAUGGUCCGGACUGCAAUCAAGUUCCACGAACGCUGUGCAACGUGAACCCAUGCGCCAAUGGUGGCACCUGCUGGACAACGGAGGAAUCAUUCUACUGUGCCUGUCGUCCAGGAUUUACCGGCAAAAUGUGUGAAGAAAACUUCGUCAUCGAUACAAUGGUAAGCUCGAGCGAGAUGCUGUCCGACACGCUCACCAAUCAGAACGGGCUGCGUGCCAUUAGCGGCAGCACCAUGUACGGGGACGACGGUGUUGUAGCACACACCGGCAAACACAACAGUGCGAUCGAGCUACACAAUGCGUACAUUGCGGCCGGGACGCUGGCCACCGCCAUUUUGAUAGUGGCAAUCGUGGUAACCGCAUGUCACUGCAAGGUGCACCAGAGCUACCGGCACUUUGCCACCAAGCACCGUCAGCUCAUUCCCAUUUUCGGACGCCGGGCGAAGCCUGCCAGCGCCAAUCGUCACUGGCUCAGCGGCAAAGGACAUCAGCAGCAACCGCACCACCACCAGAGCCACACGAACCCGAACUACAAUUACGCACACCAGCUGCCCAACUCGUACGCCGGGCUCCAGCCGGAACGGAUAAUCAACAAACCAUUGCCGAUGAAUUUGGAGAACGAUAUGUACUACACGGUGGACUUUGGAGACUCGCAGAACGCGCCGCUGAUACAGUAAUGAUGAGGAGCGCAACGAGUACCAACCGCCGUUCCCAACCAGGGAGCACCGG